GAUUUUUCAUAUAUGCGAAAAGAUUCUUGAAUUUCAUGCAACUAUUUCAAAAUGCUGCCUACUUUUUUGUCCCUGAUUACAAUUUCUACUUUGUUCUGGCUUGAAUCCCAAGAGUCUGGAGCAAUAUAUAAAGAGGUGAUAAUCCCAAGCUGUCAUCGUUUUGUUUUUCUUCCCAGACCAUCUCAAAAAUCCUUAGGGUCUUUAGUCUAAACAUUUUUCUUCUUGCCGAACUCAAGGAGAUAAUCAAAUUGAGUAUGCCAUUGACUAUCAACUCAAUUUCAACAGACGACAUCAAAGUCACCGCGUUUCCGCUGGUGCGAAAGUACAGGCCUGGAAGAACGAGCCAUGGGUUGUUUAACUUGACCAGAAAGCGAAUCUUUCCCUUUCUUGAAUCUCCGGUUUUGCCUUCGGCGGGUUCGAGUCUUUUAAUGGGCGCGCAUCGAGGGGGACAGUGGUCUGAUGGGAACAGGUAUUCUCUAUCCUCCCAAAAUGAUAUCGCUUCUGAGGAAAAAGUGAAUAUUGCAGUUACUACUGCGUUGAAGUAUAAUUUGGAAAAACUUAUUUCGAAGACAAACAAGAAAAUCGAAAAGUUUUCACACACACACUCCAAUGCUUUUAAGAACAAAGAAAGCCAUACUAAGGUCUGGAAAAAGUGUCGCAAGCUUAUCGAUCGGAUGAUCAAUGGCCGGAAGGAAUUGAUCCUCACAUAUUCAGUUAUCACUCCAGGAUCGGACACAACUGAAACACGCAUAUGGGAUGGCGAGUGGGUAGAUUUCACGGGUGAAAGAACGACUGUUUCAAGCCACGCUUCUGUCAAAUUUGGCACUUUAAGCUUAAAGGGCUUUUUUGUCAAUUUUGUCGAAACGAUCAGAAACUUGAUUGAAAAGAGAGCUUACUUUGGGAAAAUUUUUGGGGAAGACUCAGUCUUCAGAUUGAAUCUCCUGAAUAUAAGAAUUCCCCCUUUGUUGGAGCUCAUCAAAAGAUUUGCAAAAUGGUGGACAAUGGACGAAGGUGUGAAGACUUAUCCUACAUACCAUUGUGACAAUUCAAUCAAAAGAAACACUAGGGUUGACAAUUUGACUCUAUUGUUGGAGGCUUUGGAUAGGAUGGACGCAGAAGAAGCAGCAUUGGCUGCAGCUAAUGGAACUUCAUCACAAACUGGUCCAAUUCUGGAAUCAGAGGACAUCCCAUCGCUUUACCUUCCUCUCCCUGAUAUUCCCAGUGCGCUUUCCGUAUUGGAUUUUGAACAACCAUUUGAAGAACACUUCCAAGAUUCUUUCGAGAACAUGGGCGCUACGCUUGGCUAUGAUGUUGAAGACUAUCAGAGUCUCUACACUCAUGCAACACCAGAAUACAUCUGUUCUGGGAACGUACAAGAAACAAAUGAAUGUUUUGAAGACGAUUUGUUAGCCAAUUUCAAAGCGCAUGACCUAUACGAGUCUAGCUAUUCGCCCAUCUCGGUAUCUGAUAUUCCGCUGUCCGCUUCUUCGAAUCUCGAGUGGAGAGGAAGGCAAGCCAACAAUCCGAUAGAUCAAUUGUUCUCGCCUAUGUAUCACGUUGAAACAGAUUCUUUGAAUCUGAAAGAAGAGAAUUCGGGAGGAUUUCUCAAGAAAUUGUUUAGAGCAAUGCUGCUCGCGGAAAGACAGCCCAAGUCAACCCUUAGCUGGGAGUAAAAUGUUCACUCACUGGAUGUGCAAGACAAGGACCUGUAUAGCCCGAAGACCUUAGUUAAGAUUGAUUUUAAUGCG